AAAGCUCGAAUGCUGUGUUUUUAAAUGCUCAGUCGUUACUAUUUGACAACAGAAUAUUCAUUGAAAUGUUUUUCCAAACGUUUACGUGUAUACGUACGAAUAAUUCAGGACUUUUCGUCAAACAAGUGUAAAUUGUUGCAUCGCAUUUAGAGUGAAUUAUAUGAAAAAAGAAAAACUCGAUCGAAGUAUUGCAUUGUCAACUUGAUAUUGAAAUCCGAUGCGAGCACAACUUUUUCGCUAAUGUAUGUGUCUCGAAAACCCCCAAAUUAAGAACUUGAACAUUAAUUUCAAACGAGGCCGUUAAAAUUAAAAUUUAUUCAUAGACUACUACUGUAAACUCGAACGAAACGACACGUACGUGUAAUUGAAUUUUAGUCGCAUCAACUGUGCCGUACAACAACUCGGUGCGUGUAAUGUGUGUACCGAAUCGAUUGGAAAUUUGGCUUCGAACCUUUUACAACGGACAAACAUGGGUCUCGUUCAUAAACUGUUGAGCGUGUUUUUCAAAGAGUACCUUAUACCAGCGCAACCAAUCUCGUUCUGUUUCGAAGUGUUACUGUGUGUCAUACUGAACAUCCCGAAAAUUAUCGUAUCGAUGAUUUUGUACGUUUACUUUCCAGCGGAACCAAAAAGUGUCCAGGGGAAAGUGAUUUUGAUCACGGGGACCGCCCGGGGGAACGGUCGCGAACUCGCGUUGCAGUUCCACAGGUUGGGGGCGAAGAUCGCAUGCGUGGACAAGGACGGCGCGGGCAACGACGAGACGGUUGAACGGAUCCGGGCGGAGGGCGGCGUGGCCGAGGGGUUCGUGGCCGACAUCACGGACCGGCGGCAGGUGAUGGACAUGCACGCGGCGGUCGGACGCCUAAUGGGACCCGUGGACGUGUUGGUCAACAACGCGGGUGUGGUCAAGAACACAUUGUUCGCGGACCCGGAAGUCGACGACGUCAUAACGGAUAUAGUCAACACGAAUCUACUCGGUCAGAUUUGGGUGAUCAGAGAAAUAUUACCCUCGAUGUUAGAAAGAAACACUGGCCAUAUCGUGACAAUAUCAUCAAUGACGUCAUUUCAAGGAUUAGAAUUUCAUUUCGCAUACUCUGCAACCAAAUUCGCUGUGAACGGUAUGAUGGAAAGCUUAACUAAAGAGCUCAAACUAAUGAAGUCAGACGUAAUCACCACUACGGUCUGUCCGUAUUUCAUCGCAAACUGCCCGCGCAAUUCGAGUAAUCGAAUAUUGAGGUUUCCGGAAAUACCGGUAGAGGACGCUUGUGAAUUGAUAAUCGAAGGAAUUUUGCGCAAUGAACGGAUAUUCACUGUUCCUGAUAAUUCUUUCUACCCAUUGCAAUUUAUCAAGUUUUUGCCCGAAGAUGUACAAGACAUGUUCAGAGAUGUCUAUUUCACGAAUAUUAAGCUCACUCCGAAGGAAGAAAAUAUCAUAGACAAGUAUACGAUAUUCACAGAGACGUCUAAUAAUCAGGCUUUUUCGUUCAACGCGUGCAUGAAAAUGGGAAGCUUACCUGAUUAAUCAAGAUUAAUCAAGGUGCGUUAGUAUUAAUAACUGUAAAUAAUAACUAACGAAAACGCUGUACUUAUAUAAUAUCAGUCGAAAAAAAAAUAAAUAAACG